GGUAAGGGAGAGUCUCAGAGGAAUUCACUGGAGGACAGCUUCAGGCUGGAGCAGAGGCCCAACUCCAUGACGGGUCUGAUCCCCGUGUACCCCGGGGAGUCGGCGGCUCCCAUCCGCACAGCCAAAGCAGAGCGCCGACAUCAAGAGAGGCUCCGUAUGCAGAGCCCUGAGCUGGCUGUGGCCCCCGACAAGGACCUGUCCCCCGCUGAGAAACGAGCUCUGGAGGCUGAGAAGAGAGCAAUGUGGAGAGCAGCACGAAUGAAGUCUCUGGAGCAGGACGCGCUGAAAGCACAGAUGGUCAUCGCCAAGUCUCGGGACGGGAAGAAACGCGGCACACUCGACCAGCUGACGGAGUCGCCCUCGCCUGCUCCCACACCGUCUCCCACACCUAUGGAAGAGCUCAGUCCUCGAGGAGUAACGUCUCCGGGCCGGCUGUCCCUGUCGUCAAAGAAGUUUGACUACCGACAGUUUGCUGCCAUUCCUUCUUCCAAACCCGUAUACGACAUCCAGUCCCCUGAGACAGCGGAUGACCUGCAGUUCAUCGACGACGGCUCCAGCAACCCGGUGCCCGCUGCAAGCCCUGAGGCAGAGGUGCCCACCCCGCUGCCUGCCACCUCAGCCCUGGAGGAGAUGGCCCUGUACAGCAACAAGCGCAAACUGAGGCAGGGCCGCCGCAGCUUGGAAACCGCCGUGCCCACGUAACACGUCACAGCGAGAGAAGAAAGCCGAAGACAUAAUGCGAACCCACAUCCAUUUACGAACGCUGUGGAAUACUGGUAACAAGUGCAUCUGCAGGACAUGCAGAGUCACCAAACACUACAUACAUUAUCAGUAGAGCAGGAUUUACUCUCCCAUAUAUAACCACUGCAGAGACGAUGGCGCUGAUAGUCACCACAUGUACACAAUCACUUAUAUCCUGCGUGCCAGUCUUGCCUAUACAGUCUGAGGAUGAGCUGGUGAGAUGCUCAACGGUCCCUUGACGGCAAGAAAGAGCUAGUUGGUUAGCUAGGAUUGCUACUUGCAGACCUUUUUUUUUUUUGUUGUCGUUGGUUUUUUUUGUCGUACGCUCGGUUUACCAAGUAGAAGCUGAUCUAUUUUAAAAUGGUAACCGAAGUUUUUAGUUUUUUACUUUUCGCACCUCGAAUGAUUAUGCUGUUUUGUUGUUUUUUUUAAACAUACUGGAAGAGAAAAGAAAUGGGUCAUAGCUAUACUAACUUGAUUAUGAUAUUUUUAGGCUUUCAGUGAAUAGAUUGUGAAAUGUCGGGGUUCUCGGGUGGACAGGAGUGUAUAUAUUAAUUGAGGAGGGAACAUCCUGCUACCUUCACAGUCACAAAAUGUGGAGAGCUUUUUAAAAAGAAUAGUACAUAUCUUCUUUUUUUUUGCACUGCCACUGAUCAGCUUUUUAAGAACGUAUAUCUGAAGUAAUUUAUUGUUUUUAUUGUUUUACUCAAAUUGAAGGCCUUUUAUUUUUCACUGUUUUUACUCAUCCGGUUCUUUUAAGGCACAAAAAGCAUGACCGAUGCUGAUAAUUUAUCUGAAAUAAAUCGAGUUAUGAGUCAGUAAGUCAUAGCUUUCAACUAAUGACUUUCAUAUCACUUGAUAAUAUUAAUCCACUUUAUGAUUUCACAGGCAUUUUAGAGAGAAGCAUAUCUACAAAUCAGAUUGCCUGGAUAAAUUAUAGUUGUUGCAAAUCCAUGUGUCAACAAGUGUUACAUUCCCCUUGUAGAGAAUCUGACUACACUGGAGGCAGCAGCAUUUAGCAUUUUUUAUAUAUCAGGACAUCAAAUUUUGGAAACAUGCAUUUUUAUUAUCAUAAUUAAUUAACGGUACUCACCUUUCCCUGUUCAGGGUGUUAUUUUUUAUCUUAUCAAUGUGAAUCCUUCAUUUAUAUCCUUGAACUAUCUGGAGGUAUUCCAGAGUGACGUGAAGGUAGCAGGUGUUUUAUUUUUCUGUCUAUGGUUAAUUUAAAUCUGACGCCACUGAAAAAUCAUUAAUUAUCGUGUGAAUAAUGUACAAAUACUGAAAGGAAAGCAAACUUUGGGUUUGAAACUGAGCCAGUCUUGACCUAGAUCAAGCGAGAGUGUGGGCUGCUGGUGCAUCUGGGUUUAGACAGGCUUGGUAUCGAGGUGCUCUCUGCAUGUAUAUUGGUUUGUUAAUGGGAGAGCCACGAGGGGCAGAACCAAUUAGAAAUCCCUCUCAAAACAUUGUUCUCUUUCAGUUCAAUGCUCGCGAACUGUCAGUUUAUGUAUCUGAUGGGUAUUUUUGCAGAAUCACAGCAUAGUAGCAUUUGUGUUAAUUUAAUGUAGGGUCUCCUAAUGAUAGCUUUCCAUGUUGCUCUCACUGACUGAAAUUCAGUUUGUUUGAUAACAUUUGCAAUGGCUGAUUUCACCCUUUUUUAAACUUACAGUAGAUGAAAAAAUCAGAUGGGUUUCACUACAUUAUUAAUGCAGUGUUUCAAGUUUUUUUGUUUAUUCUUUUGUCUUGAGUUCUCUUUGGGGGCUUUUACUUGCAAACAGGUCUGAGGGAAAGGGUCAGAAGUCCUAGGGUCAAGGGUUAGAGCUCAUACAAGACUGUAACUAGUGAAUUUGUACAACCAAAGAAGUCUAUUUUGUGGUUCAGGAAUAAUAAAUUUUACUUUUCAUUUAAGAAUCUGA